AUGACGUUCAUCAUGGGAGAAUACAGCGGUAUGCCCCAGUCUUCGUCUGCAGGGGGUAACAAACUCAAGAGUCUUCAAGGUCAGCUUGAUCUCGUUAUAUGCAACUGCUCGCUCCAAUCGUUGGAGUUUCCUGCCAGUAAAAAUGCGGUUCUGGAGCUGGCGUUUAGUCUCCUGAAAGUUGGAGGGGAGCUGCGAGCGACAGAUUUGGUGUGUUCUCGACGACUUUCUUCGUCCGAGUGUGAAGAGGCUCGUUUAGCAAUGGCAGUGAGUGGGGAGAGCUCCAAGCAAUUGCAGCAAAAACUACUACUUGGUGCACCCUAUGUAGGUGAUCUGAAAAGACUCAUUCGGACGCUUGGUACUGAUGUUGACGUGCGGACCGAAAGCUGCAUUACAGCAGCAAUCGAUAACGCGGUAGCCUCUAUUCUUCCGCCUCUUGCUACUGCCACUGACGUUCGGUUUUAUCCAGCCACCUUUCACGUUUUCCGUAUUCAAGAUGUUGAAGAACCUCGGGAGGAUUACGGACAAACUGCAAUUUUCAAUGGUAGCGAUGGGGACGACAAGUCUGUCGUCGGUGGAGCUUUGUCACGCUCGUUUCGACUUGAUGACGAGUGGAAUUUUGACAAAGGGGUGCAUACUUUUCAGUGA